GAACAAUAUCGAACAUAUAUGCAACUAUAGAGUUUUUAAUAAUUAUACUAAUAUGGUUUGGAAACGGAUUAGUUUUAGUUGCCAUAGCAACCACGCCAAAGCUUAGAAAUAAAACAAAUCUUUUGGUUUUCAGUUUAUCAAUAUGUGAUAUGUUUUCGGGGAUUGUGUUUACCCAAUGCACAUUUGUGAGUUUUAUAUAUUCUCGGGGAUUCGAUGAUGUUAAGCCGCUGUGUCUGAGCUGUCUUGGAUUAAUGGCCUUCACGCUUACCGUUUCCUUGGAGACACUUUUGGCUAUCGCCGUAGAGCGAUACAUCAAAAUUGUACACGCUCUCUCCUACCCACAGAUUAUUACCAAGUUGAGAGUUAUCAUUGCCGUCAUCAUGGUUUGGAUCAGCAAUGUGCUCCUACACUGCAGUACGUUCUUUUGGAACAAUUACACUUCGACCAAGCGUUGUCAUAUAAUAGACAUUCAGACAGUUACAUAUCUUAUCGUUGGCAUGUCAAUCUUAGUCGUUGCUAUGGUUAUCAUAAAUAUUCUGUAAGAUAUUCAUGAUUGCAUGGAAACAGAGGAAUGAAAUCAUAUCCAUGGAGAGAAGUGCGGGGGUCUCGUCCAGUAUGGCCAAGGAAAACAAAUUAGCAAAAACAAUGGCUCUCGUGAACGGGCUACUCUACCUCUCAUGGACACCCUUUGUAAUGUUAACAUUUGUGCAAUUAGGGAUGGACGACGAAACUUUAAACACACAAUGGAUGGGGCACAUUUAUUAUAAUUUCACACACGUUCUAGUUGCGAAUUCUUUACUUAAUCCGCUCAUCUAUGCAGCGAGAGACAAAGAUUUCAAAAAUGCCUUUAAACGACUCCUUCGAUUGAAAGCUCACGGGAAUGGAGUGACGAACUUAAACUCCAAUUCUCAGCCCACUGCAUCCUCUGAACGCAAUGCUCCAGAACUCGUUCCUCCAUUUUCCAGUAAAAAAGAAGCUUGGAAAUGAGACACGGAGGAUUAGCCAAACAGUGCGUCAAGUGGUAACUAGAGCCGAAAAUCUGGAGAUGUUAUAGACAUUUUAUAUUAAAUUGAAAUUGAAAUAAUGUAUGUACAAAUAUAUAAUUUUUGUACUCGCAAUCGAGAUCGAAAAUAAAUCACUAUAGUCUAGAUACAAGCCCUUGU